UGGGCACAAUUUGUUCGCGUUGAAUUUAUGCGAUCCGUACUCGUAUUUUCAUUACUCUCACUAUCAUUAACAACACUCACUUCAUCGGCAAAACAUUUGCUGCAAGACGAUGAACCAUGGGAAUUAGAUGCACCAUGCGAGCCGUAUAUUGAGGAAUUUGGUAGCAGAGCAUCAGAAAUGAUCAAUUGCGCAUCAAAGAAUUCGUUACCACCAAAAACUAGUGUCAAAUCAUUGGAUAACACGCCUUGCUCUACUGUAAUAUUCUCGAAUUAUCUCGUCUCGUACAUUUCUGAAAUAUCAAAUGCUAUUACACGAAAAAUUUGGGAUCAGUCACGAUGUAGCUCAUGUAUGGAUAUAGAGUGGAAACUGGAGCAGAAUGAAACAGGUUAUAGAUACACAAAGAAUGUUUUCGAUUUUGAGAAUAAACUGUAUGCUUGGCGUGAUUGUGUGCAAAAUUUGAGUGGUGGUGGUGAUGAAGACUUAACAAGCGCGAAUUAUUCGAUAAUUUGUGAAAACUGCAUUCAACAAUUCAAUUCGUUGUUUCAUUUUUACUGGGAUGUUUAUGUGAAACGAGAUACAGACUUUUGUGUGGAUGUUGAGACGACGGUCUGUUUUCAUUCUUACUCUUUGCAUUCAUUGUUUACUAAACGUGAAUGCCCACUGGGCGGUGAUGGUUUCAUAAACGAGUUUCAGCUGAAUGAAAUUAUUCAGAUGAAUGAUACGAUGGACGUUUGGCAUAAUGUAUGGAAGUGUGUCGAUAAUACAGGGAAGGAUCGAAGUCACGAUUUAACAUUCAUUAUAUUCAGUUUCGUUAUUCUAACAACGCUAACAUUCCUCUUUUAUUUGGCGAGUUAUGUGCAGAGUGAACGAAUCAACAGGACUCUUGUACAGUAUUCUCAUCUGGAAGUACCUCGUGGUAUUCGUUCACGGAUAUUGAGCUCAUCUGCAAUCACCGAUCAAAGUAAUCAGCAACAAGCGAAUGGAGAAGAAGGUGUUGAUCAGUUGACAUUUUACCGAGAGAAGUGUGAGGAGCAUGUGUCGAAGUUCAAGGAAUUAUUGGAUGAAUGCAACGCGCGAGUAAACUCUCGUAGCAAAACUGAGGAGACGUGCCAUGAAGAAAUGGUUGAUUAUAUACAUCAUCUCGAUGAUUGCGCGAUGCCGAAAGCGUUUGCAACACUGAAGUGA